AUGGGGUUGUUAAGGAAGCUAGACGAGGAAAUUCAAAACGUGUUGUGCGAGGGUGACUCGAGCGAAGAGGUCCUUUUGGAGGACAUCGAAAGCGCCGCGAAGGUUCGGGCAGAAAUGCAAGAGGCGGUGUUGAUGAUAGAAGAAGUUUUACAAAACGAAGACACGACUUUGGAGUCGUUGAAUACGAGCCAACAGUCGCAGCAAGCACCGAGCGUGGCGACGGGAACGUCAAGUCGAGCGAGGCUACCAAAACUCGAGGUAAAGAAGUUUUCGGGGCGAAUCCACGAGUGGCAAGAGUUCUGGGAUAGCUUUAAGAGCGCUAUCCACAACAAUGCGAAUCUAUCGGACGUAGAUAAGUUUUCGUAUCUUCGAGGAUUAAUUGAAGGACCGGCCAGAGCGACGAUUGCGGGGUUUUCCCUUACAGAAGAAAAUUAUAAAUCAGCAGUGGAACAUUUAGAACGUAGAUUUGGAAAGCCAGUGGCAAUCGAACGUGCCCACGUUAGCGAGUUAUUGAAAGUUGCGGCAGUCCAUUCAGAGAGAGACGUACGCGGGCUUCGCGCAUUGUACGAUAUCGUGGAAACGCACUACCGUGGAUUGUCGGGCUUGGGAGUGGACGAGAAUACGUACUCGGGAAUAGUCGUACCCAUCCUGCUUGAGAAAAUUCCUGACACGGUGCGACUAACGAUCACGAGAGGGAAAGAAUACUUAAACUGGACAGUGAACGAUAUGUUAAAGGCGCUCCUGGCUGAGGUCGAACUGCGAGAGGACUAUCGGUUGACACCUACUGCGAAACCAUUGGGGAAACACAGCCAUGAAAACUGCAAAAGAGUGACGGAUCUGAAGGAACGAAAAACGAUAAUACGUAAGUUUGGACGAUGUUUUAAAUGCUUAGAAAAAGGGCAUUGUGCCCGUGAUUGUAGAACUGGUAGUAAAUGUAAGAACUGUAAGGGGGGUCACCAUACCGCAAUGUGUGAAGCUAAGAUGAGCAAGCGCAAUGAAGAAGAGCCUGCGCAAGAUGAAACUGAGGCAGGCCAGGAAACUACAUUAAAAAGACAUAUUUUCUUGACCACCGGAUCAUCGGGUGACAAAACUCCAGUUCUUCGUCGAUGUUCCUGUGAUUGGGUUCCAAACGGUCCCACAAGAAUUUAG